CGUACAGGACAGAAUGUCAGUCAUACGAGUACCGAAGUGUGCAAUGUUGGUCGGUCACAGAGAUGGCGGUUGCAAGUGUACCCAACCGGCAGUCAGUCUGUCGAGCCGCAGCUGUCAAACCAAAAGAUUGACAGACAGAGAGGCACGAGAGGGCAAGUUGGCGGCCUUGACUGGCUCGCUCUACCCUUCGCUACCGCAACUGCGCUGCGUUGGCCAUGCACGUUCCCCCGCCUUGAAGAAGACGGGCAUUGUGGAUAGUGGAUACAACAUCAAGUCACCUGUUCACGAUGCACACACACAGGCGCCUGUCCAUGGAUGUACCUGUACAUGUGCCGCGAACGGCAUGUACUUUGCUUUUUUGUUCCAUUAUUUUUUCCAGUCCUUGCAAUUGGUUCGUCGUGAUGGUGUUUGCUGCCUGUCCCAUUGUCCCCUAUGUACUCCAAUUAUCGAUUUGUAUCAUGAUGCCGCCAUCCGGUGCUCUUGCCCGGUUUUCGAUUCGAGGCUGGCUGGCUGGCCUAGUGCCGUCGUCCCUUCCUCCCUUCCUUUGUUCCUUCCUUCGCUCCCCGGAGCAGAAGGGCCAGCCAGCCAGCCAGUUAACCACCUAGAGCUAAAGCAUGGCAACAACGGUCAGUAG